CAUGCCCCGCGCUGCCCGGCGCUAGAGCCCGCGGCCACCGCCCUCCCCGCCCGCAGCCGCGCCCACCGCCCAGAGCCAGAGGGAUGGUGGUAGUCACGGGGCGGGAGCCAGACAGCCGUCGCCCUGACGGUGCCAUGUCCAGCUCCGACGCCGAGGACGACUUUCUGGAGCCGGCCACGCCGACGGCCACGCAGGCGGGCCACGCGCUGCCGCUGCUGCCACAGGAGUUUCCUGAGGUUGUCCCCCUUAACAUUGGAGGGGCUCACUUCACAACACGCCUGUCCACUCUGCGGCGUUACGAGGACACCAUGCUGGCUGCCAUGUUCAGCGGGCGACAUUACAUCCCCACAGACGCAGAGGGCCGGUACUUCAUCGACCGAGAUGGCACACACUUUGGGGACGUGCUGAACUUCCUGCGCUCGGGAGACCUGCCGCCCCGGGAGCGCGUGCGCGCUGUGCACAAGGAGGCCCAGUACUACGCCAUCGGGCCGCUGCUGGAGCAGCUGGAGAACGUGCAGCCGCUCAAGGGCGAGAAGGUGCGCCAGGCCUUCCUGGGGCUCAUGCCCUACUACAAAGACCACCUGGAGCGGAUCGUGGAGAUCGCGCGGCUGCGGGCGGUGCAGCGCAAGGCACGCUUCGCCAAGCUCAAGGUCUGYGUCUUCAAGGAGGAAAUGCCCAUCACGCCCUACGAGUGUCCACUGCUCAAUUCCCUACGCUUCGAGCGGAGUGAAAGUGAUGGUCAGCUCUUUGAGCACCACUGUGAGGUGGAUGUGUCCUUUGGGCCCUGGGAGGCCGUGGCGGACGUCUACGACCUGCUGCACUGCCUGGUCACGGACCUGGCGGCCCAGGGCCUCACGGUGGACCACCAGUGCAUUGGGGUGUGCGACAAGCACCUGGUCAACCACUACUACUGCAAGCGCCCCAUCUACGAGUUCAAGAUCACCUGGUGGUGAGCAGCGAGGGAGGCCUGCCCCUCCUCGGUGGCUCUGCUGUCCCAGAAUUCAGGGGCUGCAGCUGUCCCAGAACCCAAGGCAGGACCGAGUCCCAAGGCACAGCUUCUUGGGACAGGUGCAGCCUCAGGGCUAGUCUCAGGGCUUGUGGCCCUCAGGACAGGGACGGGUUUCCCAUGCCUUUUCCUGGGCAUGGCAGCCUGCACCUGUGGCUGGCCAGGUCCAGCCAGGGCUUAAGCAGGAGGUGGAGAGAGGUUCCAGUGAGGCUGCUGCCCGAGAGGCUGCUGCAUGGGCAUGAGGGUGCCCUCCUGGACCCAGGGCAUCCAUGUGGACCAGGUGUGUGGGCUCUGCCCUGCGCCUGCCCUGGCAGGGGGUGUGGAGACCUCCUCAGAACAGCUCCCYGCGCCUCUUGGAGAUGUGGCCCUUGUUGCCAAAGCCACGUACCAGGACGGCCAUAGGACAGCACCAUGUUUACAGCAGGGCGUCUUCUCAGUAUCGCGGGAGUGCAGCGGUUGGGACGCCUGWCUUCUGCCAGCCAGAACACCCUGACACCCGUCCGGGUCCCUCACACUGAGCUGGAGGGGCCUUUCCAGACCCUAUUCCUCUUCUUGCCGAUGCCCUCCCCCAGAGUCUGCUCUGGAGAAGUGUCCAGGCCUGCCYCCCCCCCACCGUCGGCAGAGGAGGGCCCCCGGUGGCCUCUGCCACUUGUUUCCAUGUCACUCUGUCUGCAGCUUGGGGCCCUAGCUGGGCAGUGGGCUCUCAUCCUCUAGGGAGAUCUGUGCAGCCCCCUGUAGGGCAGACAUGUCCCCGCGUCGGGCUCCUUGCUGACAGUAGUGUCCUGGACAACUCGGGGUGACUCCAGAGGGAGAGAUCUUAUAUGUGAAGAGUUGAUGAGCCAGGACUGGGCUGCGCCUGUGGUCCCCGCUGCUCAGGAGGCUGGGGUGGGAGGACAACGUGAGGCCCAAGUUCAGUACCAGUCUGGCAACAGAGCAAGACCCUGUCUCAGAAAAACCAAGGGAGAGAGCAUCAUUGAGAUCAGCCUCACUGCACUAAGUAGUCAAUAAGAAGCUCAGGUGGAGGUGGCUACAUCCUACUGAGGAAGAGAGGGCCGUGUCGGGACCCUGGCUAAGUCCUUCAUCCUGAUCCCAGUGGGAGGAGAGUCCAGGGAGUUCCCAUCUCACUCCUGGGAGGGUGGGACGGUGGAGACUCGGUCUGAGAGGACAGGGCUGUCAUUCCUGGUCCAAGACUCGCAUUUCCUCUCAUUCUCAAGAACACAGUCAUCUGUUCCAAAGCCGACAUCCCUGCAGUGACACCCUGCUCUGACAGGGAGGCCGUCCACUUGAUGGGGCUUCCUGCUGCUCCUGUGCUCCUCUCUGAGGGACUGUAGCAGAUGCUUCCAGAGGAGUGCCUGGUCUGGUGCCCCCCUGGGGCCCUUGGCUUCCUACCCAGCACCUCCAGGAGCAUCAGGGAGCUCUGCUGUUGUCCUCCACACCUGCAGGAUGGGAGAAAACUGGUCUGCCCAGGGUCACUUGUGCCCAGGAGCAGGUCCUAAAGGUGGCCCCGGGUUGCAGGGUGCUGGCCAAGGACACUGUCCCUCUGGCUCCUGCUGGAGAUGCUCGUUUCCCCAUUCUUCAUGCUGUCCUCAGUGGUGAGUUCUCUGCCACUGCGGGGAGGGGAGGAGACAAGGCUCGGGGCAGGAAGACCGGCCGAGGGGACACUGGGCACCAGCCUGAGGCUCCUCCCUAGAAGUGGUCUCAGCCUCCUGUUGAGUCCAGCUGGCCUUGACCUCCUGGGCUCACACAAUCCUGCUGCCUCAGCCCUCUGAGUGCUGGGACUUGCAGCAGUGCCCGUUGCACCUGCCCCCAUCCUGYGCAGUGUCUGGGGGUGUCCUGAGUGCUGAGGCUUGUAGCAGUGCCCACUGCACCUGCCCCCUGUCCUGCUCAGUGUGGGGGGAGUCAGAAAAGACUUGUCAGAAGCAUGUGGGUUUCUUUUUCU